AUGUAUAUGCUAAGGUUUUAUUUAGAUGAAAAUGGUAAAAGGGUCUAUACCGUAAAACCUGUUGUUAAUGGCAAAGUUACGUUUUCGGCUCAUCCUUGUAGAUUUUCACCAGACGAUAAAUUUUCAUCCCACAGAAUAAACAUUAAGAAGAGAUUCAACUUAUUAUAA